AUGAGCAGUACUCUGCUACCCACAUACGUGGGGUACAUCCACUCAACUCUCGAUGCCCUCAUCAUCUUCGAGGCCUGUCUGUCAGGUGCACGCAAUCACGUCCCACGACGACCACAAGAUCGAGAACGACAAGAGCUUAUCAGAAGCGGGAAUGUAUUCAUCUACGAAGAGCACGCCUCAGGAAUCAAGCGCUGGACAGACGGAGUCUCAUGGAGCCCAAGCCGCAUACUAGACAACUUCCUCGUCUACCGCGAGCUCGAGCGGCCCUUUGGCCCAGGCGAGAAGAAGCGCGCCCUCAAGAAGCCCAAGAAGAUGAGCAACGGCAUCACAAAGACCGAGUCGCGCUGCGAGACUAGAGACGAGGACCGUGCUCUGAUCGGCUCUCUGGUGGACUCGUACGACUUCAAGCAGUCGGGCCUGGUCAAGAAGACAAUCAGCAUAACCUUCCAGGGUGUCCCCCACCACCUGGUGAGCUACUACACAUGCGAAGAUGUCAAGUCAGGCCGCCUCACCUGUCCCUCGAAUCAUCCGGACCUCCGGAACCUCAUCCCUCGCAGCGAGCUCCUCAUGUCGCAAAACUUCCGCGCGCCCAUCGACGGCACCGACACAUCGACUGACGAGCGCUACCAGAGCCAAGUGCUCGUGGACUAUGGUUACAAUACAUCUAUGCAACAAGUGCCCCCGAUGAUGUCCAAUUACCACAUGGGCUACUAUUAUGCACAAGGCCAGCUGCCGCCUAUCCACAUGCAACAACAACAGCAGCAUCACCAUCAACAUCAUCCACAUCAACAACCACCACAACAACACGAACCACAGCAGCUUAUGUCGCCAACACACCUGCAGCAUUUGCAACAACAACAGCAGCAGCAGCAGCAACAUCAGCAGCAACAACACCAUCACUCACAACAACAGGCAUAUGUCACAAUGCCUCCAAAUACACACCUUCCUACAUUUUCUUACAUGCCCGAGAUUUCGGGUAUUGACACAUCAAAUAUGGAUAACUCAAAUCUCUUCUAA